AUGGCCGAUACACCAAAUGUUUCGAUGGUCUCUUGGCCGUACUGUGGCCUGAGGCGACGAAAUGAGAGAUUAUUAGUAGACAUGAUUAGUAAUCGUCGGUCACUCUCCACGCGUCAGUCAAACGGCAAAAAACGCGUGGAUAUCGUGUAUAGAUCGAAAUGGAUUACAAACAACUUCGUCGUUGGUGAUCCACUAGGAGCAGGUUCGUUCGGAAAGGUAUGGACAGUUGAAUGCCGAAAAAAGCCGGCACAUUUGUUCGCCUUGAAAGUUCCAGCACCAGGAUUUAGUCCAAAGCAUAUAGCUAUGGAGCUGAAGGUUAUGCGAGCGGUAUCUGGCGGACCUAAUGUUGUCAAGUUUAUCGCUGCCUAUCGUGAAUUAGAUCGAGUCUUCGUUGUGAUGAAUCUUUUCCCACAUGAUGAUAUUUUUAGCCUUAUUCACAAAAUGCCUCUCGAUGAGACAUUGCAGUACAUGCGAAAUCUUUUCCUUGCAUUACAUCAUAUACAUCGAUAUCGUGUAAUACAUAGAGAUGUAAAGCCAGCAAACUUCUUGUAUAAUAGAGCCGCACGUCGGUAUCUUCUGGUUGAUUUUGGUUUAUCACACUUCGUGUCGCCAAGCAAACGAAAAUCAUCAAAUACGUCACCCUCAUUGAAAGAAAAUGUUGUAAAUAGCAGCCCUAUUGUACCACCACCUCCGAAACGCAGUAAACGCCUGAGCGAGGACGUGCUCAUGCCCAAUAGGCCCACUUUGAUCAAACAUCCGAAAUGCGGAUGCCCGAAUUUUGCUUCAAUCUGUGAUACAUGUAGAGACACUCCUCUGCGGCGUGUUAACAAGGCAGGUACUCCUGGUUAUCGAGCUCCAGAAGUUUUGUUUCGUUUCGAGGAACAAACCACUGCGAUCGAUGUUUAUGCAGCUGGUGUAACGAUGUUGUCAUUUCUUUUAAAGAAGCACCCAGUGUUCCGACCAAAUAAUGAUUUUGAAGCUUUGACGCAAAUGGCAACCUUUUUGGGAAGUUCUGCUUUGGUCCAGGCAGCAGCUGAAGGCGGUGUGAACUUUCUUUUUGACCCACCAAUGUCUGGUAUGGAUAUGGUCAAACUAGUCAAGAACUUUUCCAAAGAUAUUCGCGAAGCUGAUGACUGUAAGCCGGGGUGUCGAACAUGCAUGGCUUUGAUAUAUCAUAACAAUUCCGGAUUUUGCUUCUGCAAGCGGUCGGAAAGCGAUUCCAUUGACAAAUUGACGGGAAAUGAGCGUAUCGCAUUUGAAGUGCUCACUCAUUGUUUGGAUCCUAGUCCUUCUCGCCGUUAUACAGCCCGCAUGCUCGCCGAUUUAAUAGGUGAACCAUUGGAAAAGCUGAACACAUAGUGGGGGCCUGUUUUAUGCAUGUUUUUUUGUUGAUAUUUUCAUCUUGUUGUGUUUUCGUUCUAUUAUAUCAUGCCUUCAUGUGCUUUCAUUCUUACUGUGUUAUUAGGUCGCCUAUACUUUCUAUUAUUGUUAACGAUUGUAAAAGGGAUCACGUCUAGGUAAGUAAGAUGAAUUGUUACAUUGUUAAUUCCAGUGUGUUAUGUGAGUUGUUUUAUUAGGUUUAAUAAUGGCUUUUGCCGAGUCUAAUCAAAUCAUUUACAAAUGCUCAGAUAUCAUGUUCUAAGCUGUACCACAUUGUACGAACACUUUGGGUAAAGAAUAAAAUUCACAGUUUCCGGGCCAAAUGUGUAUUUGAUAUUUAG